CACACUCACAUGUUCAUUGCUUCUUUCUUUUUCUUCUAUGGACUUAAAAGACAAAUAAAAAUAGCAAAAACACUUCUCUGUCUUCUCUCUCAUUGUUUAUUUAUGAUGAGUGUGUGAACGCGUCUGAAAGCUCAGUGUCUUGUAGCAAGUGAUAUUCUCUGAAAGCCCCCUUUUUUGUGGUCUAUAAACUUAACACUCUGAACCCUCUGAGUGAGUGUGAAGAAGAAGAAGAAGGAAAAAAGAGAAAAGGGUUGAGUCCUUUCACUUUGGUAUAUGCAUUCUCAUUAUUAGCAUUCUCUAUUAUUACUCUUUUGUUGGAUGCUAUGUCCUUUUGCAACACCGACACUACUCCUUCCUUCUCCUCCAAAGCUCUCACCUUCUCUCCAUUCUCCAUACUCACUCCCUCUCUGUUGUGAUGCAGAGUGUUCAGCUGAUGGAUUGUUGUCAAAUCUGAAGACAAAUUUCAGAAACUAUCUACUACAGCCAUGAGUAGAAAGCUUUUUGACCAGUUGAAGUCAGAGGAGUCUCGAUAUCAUCCUCGUCAUGAAGUUAUCAGAAAUGAGGAAGACAGCACAUGGAGUCACCUCAAGCAUGGGAACUGUGGAAGGGAAAGCGAUGAUGAUGAGCUGGUUAAGUACAUGUCGAAUUUGCCAGGUUAUCUGGAGAGGGGGAAGAAGAAUAGGGAGAAAGUGUUGAAUGUUGGCGUUCUUGAUUGGACCCGUCUAGAACAAUGGCAGUACAGCCAUAAAUAUGUGUCUCAUAAAAGUGGCAGCAGAACUUCUACAUCUAGUAAUGCAUCCUCUUCUGUUUCGACAGAUCGGUUAUCUUGUUCUUCUAACAGAGGUAACAGUCAUUGUGCUUCUGGUCAAAGAAAAAACAACCCUUCACUACAAGCUCAUUUCAUGGCAUCUCCAAUGCAAAGCCACUCUGAAGCCAUCAAAUCCUCUAGACAAAGUGUCGGAAAACGUCAGAAUUUUACAGGUUGCCAUGGCAAUCCAGAUGCACAGAGCAGAUAUGUUAACACAGAUGGUUAUCUUGCUUGGAACAAGCCUAGUAACAGACUGAAAGGUUGUGACAGGAAAUACUUGGGUCAGUUUGUUAGUAAAGAAAGUGACAUCUUUCCGAAUGAUCGAAUGUAUGAGGCAGCAUUGUGUGGGGGUAGGAUGGGAGUAAGCAUUCAAGAUGGUGGAUUGGAGAAAAGAUCAGAAACUUUGAGAAGACCAAACAUUGAUGCUGUUGUACAAGGUGCACUCAGGAAAAGUGAGCCAGUUCCUCAUUUUCCUAGAGAAGUUGCUCGAAAGAGUCAUUGUGCUGUCCCUGAUAUGCAUACAUCCUUGUCUGAAAAGUUUAGUCGAAUGAGCUUUUCAGAAAAGCCUAGGGAAUUUUACCACAAAGAAUUUGAUUAUGAUGUUCCGCACUCCUGUCCUUUACCAGAUGAACUUAGCUAUGACAAUAAUUCUCAGUAUCAAGGAUCAGGUUUCAGUUCGACAGAUCUGGAAAGUAUCAAAGUUCCUGCUUCAACUUUCUCAUCACCCUUAUCUACUUUCUCAUCACCCAUGUCGGUCAAGAUGAGCAUAAGUCCAUCCAGAGUUAGUAAGACCGAAGAAAAGAAGCCAACCAUAGGCUCCACUUCAUCUGCAAAUGAGCCUUGCCAGGGAUCAGACCCGAAAGUAAUGCCUGAAAAGUCGAGAAGCUCUUCACCUUUUCGUCGAUUAAGCCUCAACAUUGGCCAUACAAGCAAAGGUUCUACCUCUAAAGAGGCUGGGCACAUGUCGCAUUUGAGCUCCACACCAGCUCUUAAAUCAAACAUGCAAAAUGUGAGGGGCUAUGUUAGAUCAAACACUUUAGGCGAUGAUAAAGGUUCUGAUGCAGGCAGAAGAAAAUCAAGCCCAUUGAGGAGGUUACUGGAUCCAUUGCUGAAACCAAAGACAGCUAAAAGCCGUCCUUCGAUGGAUUUAGCUCAGAAGGAUUCGGUAUCAAUGAACAAGAAUUAUAUCUCGGUUAAUGGGAAUCUUUCCAGUCAAAAGGCAGACAAAGCAUUAGACAGGGAUUAUAGCUCAGCUAAUGCCAUUGAUUCCUCAAAGGACAAGCAUCACGUCGCAUCAGCAACUCAAGCUUUUCUUAGAAUUGCUGUGAGGAAUGGCAUGCCUCUUUUCACAUUUGGUGUGGACAACACUGACAGAAACAUUCUUGCAGCGACAGUGAAGAACUUAAGCUCCUCAGGAGAAGAUGAAUGCAACUGUAUCUAUACUUUUUACACCUUUAGGGAGGCUAAGAAGAAGAAUGGAAGUUGGAUGAUUCAAGCAGGAAAAAACAAAGGCUCUGACUACAUUUCUCAUGCUGUUGCCCAAAUGAAGGUAUCUGACAAACAUGGAGACAAUUUGGACUCCUAUAACAUGAAAGAGUUUGUUCUGGUUUCAGUGAAGUUAGUGCAGGGAGAUGAUCAAGUCACCGAUUAUCAGCCGAAUGACGAGCUUGCUGCCAUUGUUCUCAAAACACCUAAAUCUAUCAGUUUCAUCAAUGAUGCACAUCAGGAUCCUGUCCAUGCAACAGUUUUGCUUCCAAGUGGGGUUCAUAGUCUUCCUAGUAAAGGUGGGCCUUCAUCUUUGAUCGAGCGCUGGAGAUCAGGCGGAUCAUGUGACUGUGGUGGCUGGGAUUUGGCCUGCCAACUUAAAAUCCUUUCUAAUGAAAAUCAAGCCAGAAAAAAACCAAGAUCAUCCAAGGCUUAUUUUGCAGAUAAACUUGAACUCUUCCUCCAGGGGAAUGAACAAGAGCACCGGUCUGCAUUCAGUUUGACCCCCUUGAAGCAUGGAAUGUAUUCAGUGGCAUUUGAUUCAUCACUCUCACUUUUGCAAGCAUUCUCCAUCUGCAUAGCAUUGAUGAAGAGUAAGAUGCCAGUGCCAUAUGAGCUUUCAGGAUCAAGAAGCUCCAUUGAAGGUAAAAUUCCAAGGGAAACAACACUAUUGGUGCAAAAUGAGGAACUUAAGGCUUUUGGUAAAUUGGAGGACAUUCCUGCAAGUUAUGUCUCUUAUCCACCACACUCCCCUGUUGGUAGGGUCUAAAAUUAGCAUGAAGCAUAGCAAUCUCUCCCUUGUAGGAAUCCCCUUAAUAAGUUUUCAUAAGAUUAUCAUUGCAAGGUAGAGUUAUAACUUAUAAAUUAUAAUAGUCUUAUAGAUAUUAUGAGAUUGAAGCAGCAUCAUAGUAAUUUUUAUGCUUUUUUUGUAUUUACUAUUUAGAAUGUACCAGUUACCAUGUGAGUUAGAAAAUAUCAAUCAAUUGAAGUGUGAAUAGUAUGAGUAAAUUGGUUUUUGUUUUAUGGUGAAAGGUUACAUAUUUCAUUA